UGGGGGAGAUGAAUCUAGGUGAACUCUUCGGCAUCGAUUAAAUAUUGUGCAUAGCGAGGAAGUAAUAGCAAGAAACAAGGUUCAGCCAGUCGCUCAAAAUUGAACUCCACAUCGAACAUAGCGGCCUCAAUCAGCCUGUAAUUCUCCAUUGUCCAAACCCAUCCAUCGACCACAACCAAUCUUGACGAGUUCACGGAGUUGAAUUCGAUAUCAGCCAGGCACAAGACAGACGCUGAGCCCGGUUUCCAUAGCAGAGACGCCGACUAAGAAGAGAACAAGCCCAUGUACAAAUCGACAUGUUCAUCUUGACCAAGAUAGCGGACCUCGUGCAAAUUGCGCCAGAUGACUUCAGGAAACAAAGCUACGCGGCAAUUGAGGACAACAUCAACGCCAAAUAUGCCAACAAGGUAGUGCAAAAGAUCGGGCUCUGCAUCUGUCUCUGGGAUAUCCUAUGGACAUCAGAAGGGCUGAUUGGGCAGGGGGACGGCAUGGUCAACGUCAACGUUGAGUUCCGCUUGGUAGUGUUCCGGCCCUUUAAGGGAGAGGUCAUCGUAGCACGCAUUGCGGACCAGUCGCCAGAGGGGAUUAAUCUGGUCACAGAUUUCUUCGAUGACAUUUUCGUCCCUUGGACAGAGCUACCAGAAGGCUCAGAAUUUGAGCCGUCCGAAAAGCUCUGGGUCUGGAAGGAAGAGGACCAGGUCAUGUACUUCGACGACAACGAGAUGGUCCGCUUCAGGGUCAUCGCCGAGGAGUGGCACGACCAGACCCCGUCGAAGCCGGUCGAGCCGGUCGAAGGGACCGAGGAGCAGCAGCCCGCCCCCAUCAACACCAAACCUCCGUACAAGAUUAUAGGGUCCAUGAACGGGCCAGGGCUAGGGGUGUGUCUGUGGUGGGAAUGAUGGGCUGGAGUGGUGGUAUACUUCGCAGCUCGCCUAUGGUGGUCUAUGUCGGUUGAUAAGCUACAUUUUGAUGCCUUCCAAAAGGCGCUGCUCGACGCCGUCCAGGACGGAAUGGUGUUCGAUAACCGCCAGAUUUUCGGCUUCGGCGAGGAACUGCUUGUUGGGGUCAACGCCGGGGCCAAACAUCUGGCCUGCUUGGGGGCCUAUUUGGUUCAUCUGCUGCGCCAUUUGGUUCGCGGCUGGGGAAGUAUUAGCAGGGGGAGUCGAAGAUGGAUUUCGGGGAGAGGGCGAUAUACCGUUCUCGCUACCAAGCAGGAAAUUGAAGACGGACUGCAGGCCAAAAAUGCAGAGAAAGUACCAGCUGAUGCUCGACAUCCACCGCGGAUCCAUGUCACGGGUCGCCACGCCAGCCUGCAGCAUGC